AAUAAGACAAGCCGACCCAGCAGUUCAGCCAGCCGUCGCACGCACAGGCACAGGGUGAGAGAGUGAGACGCCGCCGGUUGCUUCGCACGGCUGCGUCGCCGCCGCCGCCGCCGCCGGCGACCAGGAGGCAGGACGCCCUACCACAUAGCUACCGGCUACUGCGAGCUGGAUACAUGCAGCCGGCUGUUUGAUGAAAUGUCAGAGCUAGCUUCAAUCCCCUGCAGUUCCAAGAGGGCGCGAGGCACCAGUGAUGGUGUCGACAGGCUCAGCAGCCUUCCAGACGAGCUGCUACACUGUGUGAUGUCCUUCCUGCCCAUGCCGGAGGCCGUGCGCACAAGUCUGCUCUCGCGGAGGUGGCGUAAUCUCUGGUCCUCUACGCCAUACAUCCGCAUCGACGACCAGGACUUUAUGGAUGACGGCAAGCUGAAGAAAUUCGGGGACCGCCUGCUGCUCUUGCGCGACGGCUCUACUUCCUUGGAUGAAGCCUGGAUCUCUGUGCACCAUGUUGCUGAUAGGACCAUGUGUUAUGAGUGGAUUCGUCAUGCCAUCGUGCACAAAGCUCGUCUCCUUCAUGUUUCUGGAUUUGUCCUUUUGGAUGGCACAGCCAUGUUUCCUUCACAGCACCUCAAAACAGUCAGGCUCCAAUAUAACUUGUUGAGAUAUGGGUUCUUUAGGCCACUGAACUGUGACUGCCCAGUGCUUGAGCAUUUAGAGCUGGAGCAUUGUGGUUUGUGGGACCUGAAGGAGAUAUCAUCGAGGUCACUCAAGGCUCUACGUAUCAUUGGUUGCCAUAUCUUUGAUGAUCUCGUGAUUUGUGCUAGCAACCUUACCCAUGUCUCUAUCAUUGACCCAAGCUGUGAUCCUGGUGCUAUAGUAACUAGGGAUCUGUCUUCUCUAGUAACAGCCUCGGUUAGUCUGACAUCUAGGUUUCAUUAUUAUAAGCGAAACACAAUAACGGAUCAUCGUCUACUUGAUGGCCUCUCACAUGCCACCACCUUGGAGUUGCAUGCACCAUUACCUGAGGUCUCAUUUGAGAGAAGUUUGAGGACAUGCCCGAUGUUCAGCAACCUGACAAGCCUGGUGCUGGGUGAGUGGUGCAUGGCUGCUGACUUCUACCCGCUGCUUCGCAUCCUCCAGCGCUCGUGCAAGCUGAAGGAGCUAAAACUUAAGCUCACAAAGGAGGAAUUUAGUACGUGCAAGGAUUCUGAACCUGCUCUGUCGUCAACAAGGGGAGCACUGCCGUCGGGCUCAGGCAGCCACCCUUGCAUCGAGAGGGUCAAAAUCUGCUGCCAUGAACAUGAUCCAAGGGUUAGCUCGUUGGUGCAGGCGUUGCAGCUGAUUGUCGGUGAUGUGAAAAUCAGCAUCGAGCAUCGCUGAUCUAUGGUAAACUAGACCUUGUUUUGUUUGGGGGACCUGCAACCCUUGGUCAGUGCCGAAUUAAUGUGUGGAGACAAGAUUGCUUUGGAGACGCUGGCGUUUAACGACACAGGGGCAUGUUUUUAGACAAUGGGUGUGGAUGUGUGGUCGAAUUUUGCUAUAAUCCACAUGUGAUGGUUAAUCUGACUAGUGUCAUUUGCAUGAUGGAUUAUGAGCUAGUUCUUUGAAAACGCUAUGUAAUGUGAGUUCUGAAAUCAUGUUUUAGAUAAUGGGUAUGAUCGAAUUUCGCUA